GUCUUAUACAGGUUCGACUGUUCAGAAAUUAGGAAAAGCAGGUCUCGUUUCACACCAAAUGGGAAUAACCAAUGCUGGCAAAUCUCACCCAGUGUGAGAGGUUGAUCUUAUUUUUAUUCUCCCCGGGGGUGAGAAUAGCCACUUCCUAUGACUAUUGAGUGUACGAAAUGCGAAGACGUGGGCAUGUCUUUUGUUUUUAUUUGAUUAUUUCAUUUUAGUUUCCAUUUUUCUCUGGCUCAGUGAAAAUGAGCAUUUCGUCUUCUCCCUUCUCCGCUGUGUUCAGAAAAUCUCUAUUCUAUUGGGUCAUUAAAAUAGAGAUCAGGGGACUUUAAUGUUUAAACUUUUAAAACAGCGCAUUCAAAACAAACCAAAAGUAAUGCAAUGUAGUGAGCUGAGUAAUUCAUUCAAAGUACACCAAAACUAUCAACUGAUAUCUGAAGUGUUGUAUGAGAUAUUGUUAUUAUAUUUCAUAUGUUGAAAUGUAGUCUAACGUAAGUAUUAUUAGACAAGACGGCCGUCUUAGAGGAGACUUAUCAAAAAGAAAAAAAACUAACCGUUCCAUUCUAAGGCCCUAACCGGAGGCUGUGACAGGCAUUUUUUUUCUUUUGGAAGGAAGUUAGAAAUAGAUUUUGUGGCAGCUGUUAAAGUGUUAAAUUCUACGAAGUAUAAGAUGAGGAACACACUGUCCAGCUGUGAAGUGCAAGGGUUAAACAAACCGAAAUAUGUUAGAAGAGGAAGACUGAGUGUGCCAUGGUAAAACAAAUAACCACAUGAUCAGUUCUUUCAUUGGAGGAGCAAACAAUAGUGAUAGGUGAAUGGAUCGUCCACAGAGUCGGACGCCAAUACAGAAUUAAAUUUUAUGAUGAAGUGUUAGGCUAUGACAGAUUUGCGUGGCCAACUUACACAGGUUUUUUUUUGCUUUUUGGGUGAUAAAUAUAUAGUGGCUGCUACGACGUUGGACAGGUUAUCAUCUUUUGUAAAAACAAAAGGGGGAGAAUUGAAAGUGGCCGUUUUUAGGUGGCCGUCAUGGCAGGUUCGACUGUAUGGAUUUAUUUCUCCAUGAGUGCAAUGCUGAAACAACUCCACUUAUGGUAUGAAUUAUAAUUAUAAUGAUUAUUUGCUGAUAUACUGAUGUAGAGGUUCAAUCCGUGGAGUGAUACAUGGUCGAAGGGCCGUGUAAGUUAAGACUAGAUUUUUUUGUCUUUUGGAAGUUAUGGAUCGAAAACAGAAGUUUUGACUUGUUGAUUUCUGGCUAAGAUUGGAGCAACACAAAUGUGAAUUACACUUUUUUUUGUGGCAGAGUCAUUUAAAAAAUAAUGAACCUUAUAGUAUGACUUUCCAAACAUACCUCACCUGUCUGAAAGCUGUGUAUUGACCUGGUAGAAUUAGUAAUUGAGGAGAUGCUUCCAUGUUUAAAAAAGAUGCCGGAAUUUUGAAAAAGUGUUAUUUCAGACUGGUCUUUUGAAUCUUUACUUUUGACUCUGAGACAGCUUAUUAUAUAUAAACUGGAAUAAAAGCUUGCAUUCGCCUGGCAUUAGGGCAUCAAAACUGCUUUUAUUCAUCUUGCUUCUCACAACUUUGGUUAAGUAUAUACAUCUUCUUUUCUUUUACUUUGAACUUUAUAUUUUUCAGUAAACUUUUGCUUGUGUCUCUGUUUUGAUGUGCAAUCUUUGUGAUUUUUUUUUCAGUGAUUUGCUUUAUCGUUGCAUGUUGUGUCUUUUAUUUUUAUUGAUGAUGAUGAUGACAGUGUUUCUCACAGCUCUUUAAUCCCGCCUGGCCAAUCCAUUUAACUAACCAAGAAAAUGAAUAGUUGAGGGGCUACGGUCAAGGAUUGACUUUGAUUAUCUUUAUCAUCCUGUUUCAAUAGUUGUUUUGUGAAGAAAUUUAGCUUAUAAUGUGAAGAUUGUAACUCCCAUGUCAACAAUACAGUGGUGUCCGCGUAACAACAAUCUUUGUAAUACAUUGGCUGAUAAAAGAAUUGAUUUUGACAGUUCAAAAUCAGUGUGACCAAGAAGGGCAUAUAAUGAAGUACUGGGGCUUGUUCACUACCUUUCACCAAGAGCCACCUUCUUUUAUGAUGAGUCUCCUGGUUGGGGGGAAAAAGUUUCUGUCACUAUGACAAUAACAAAACGGGAGGAGGGGGGUGGGAGGCAGAUAGGCCGCUGUGCAUAACAUGACUGCUCUGUGAUGGAGCAUCGCUCACUUGAAAGCUGACGCUGCCUAUCUUAACAUUUAACACAUCAUUUUGGAUUAGGACUUGUGUGUGUGUCUGAAGACGGUGGGUGGACUAGAUGGGAGAAACCCCCCUCCCAAAAUUUCAGUUAGCAGCGACCUCUGCCCAACAGUACCCAGGGGUUGCUAUACUAUUAUGCAGAUACCACUGUUUUAUGAUCAUGGUUCUAGUAUACUUGUGAUUGUCUUCUACGUACAUAACCCCUGAAAAUUAAAGACUAGACUAGAAUACAGUAAAAUAAUAAAUUUGUUUAACGCGAAAUUCAUCUUAACAGGAAAUGAUUUUUAAUCCUCCUUUUUUUCUGCUUUAUUCUAUGCAUUGCAACUUUCUUUAACUUAGCAUGAUAAAAAUUCCAAAAGACUUUGUUAUCAGAUAGGAAUUUUGGGCUGUUUCAUCAUUCCUCCAAGCUGACUUUCCUUUCCCACCGAAAAAUUUUUUUUUUCGCGCUUAGUGUAUAGAACAAAAUUUUGUUACACUGAAAAAUCAAGUUCAAAGGCAUAUCUGGUUCUUCGCAUAGUGUUCUAAGGUGGAGAUGCUUAUUGUGCUUAAAAAUGAAAAGGGCAGUUUAAAACUAAGGGCUGAUUUUGCUGAAAAGAAAAAAAGUGACCCAAUAACCUGGACAUUUAUUUCACAAUCUUAAUUACUGAAAUUGGGUGAUGUCUCAAUUUAACAGAACUUUGCCAGCCUAUAAAUAAGCAUGCUAAGACCCAUGCAAGUUUCAUCAAAACUGAUUUGUAUUUAAUAAAUUGCAUUGUAGAAUAGCAUUUACUUUUUGGAACAGUGUAAUUUUAAUGGAGACCUAUUAGCUUUUGAGUAAAAAAGUUUUAUUGAAGCCUAUUUAAAUUAAUGCUUUUGUAUUUACUAAUGUAAUGGGAAGUCAUAGACUAGGUUUUUGGAUAGGAAAGGGGGUGCUGUUUAUUAACAAUAUAGUUUUCAGUCUUUUGCCAUUUUUAUUUUGUGUUUUGUCUUCUUUGUCCUUAUUUUGUUUAGUUUGAUAAGUUCUUUUAAGCUCAACAGAUUAUUUUGUUUCUAGCUUUGUGAAUUUAAGACCGUUUUGGGCUUAAUAAAAGAAAAUGACAUUGGUUCCUGAUGUCAGGUCGUGUUGGAUUAUUAUGAUUGUAUUUUGUAGGUUAAAAUAUUAAAAUAUUGCUGGGUAGGGCUGAUUCGAGGAGAAGAUUAAAAAAAUUGAGAAGACUGAAUUGAAUAUGCUGGGCAAUAGGAGAUUUCGUCAUGUCAUCUAAGUUGCAUUGUCUCAGCCUAUAUCUGGAUAUGCACUCACACAUGAUACUUAAAUGUUCAUAGUUUGGGAAAGAGCUCUGGCGCAUAUGAGAAAAAUUAAAAACAUCUGUUGAACUCUGGUACCGUAUCAUCUUAAUUUUCAGUCAUCCUCCAGUCACAGAGAAAAAGCAGCAGAGGCUGUCCACUACAUGUCAGAAGGCAGUGGUCCUGGCACAGCUGACCUUGAAAAUGGCAACCAGGGCAUAUCAAUGGUUCAUGUGAGCAUCCCUAAUCAAGGCAUACAGGUACAACCAGUCAUUCAGGCAAACCAACAAUCUGUUAUCCAGAGUGCCGGAAAUCUUCAGACGAUCCAAGUUGUUCGGGUUGCAGCUGUUGAUGAAGAUUUGUCAUCAAGUGAUUCUGACGCAAAGAAAAGACGAGAAAUUUUGACCCGAAGGCCUUCGUACAGGAAAAUUUUGAAUGAGCUGUCCUCUCCAGUAUCCAAAAUGGAUGAUGAUUCAAACAGUAGUCAAAGUCAAGACGGCCACGAUUCAUAUGUCCAAACAAAUGCUCUACAACUGACUGCUCACGGUGAUGCUACUCCUGCUACUCAAGGUCUUCAAACACUAACAAUGACAAACGCUAGUCCAACCUCAGCCUCAAACUCCACGGGUGGAACGACUAUAGUACAGUAUGCUCAAGGACCUGAUGGACAGUUUUACAUACCAGUCGGUGGCACAAAUGUACAAGCCUAUCAGAUAACAGCACCAGGGUCAUUAGCUCAAGGUGUUGUCAUGACGUCAGGGAGUCCCAUUGCAAGUCCUCAACACAUGUCGGAAGAGGGCUCUCGGAAACGGGAAUUACGACUUUUGAAAAAUAGAGAGGCAGCCAGGGAAUGUCGACGAAAGAAGAAGGAGUAUGUAAAAUGUUUAGAAAACCGUGUAGCUGUCUUAGAAAAUCAGAAUAAAACUCUAAUUGAAGAAUUGAAGGCCCUCAAAGAACUCUAUUGUCAAAAGGAUGCAUGACUGUAAAUGUCAUAUUUUUUGUGCUCCGUAAAUCCAAAAGAAUUUUCUUUUGGCAUACUUCCUGUGUGUCAGAAUUUGGUGGAAGACAGUUCGCUUUGCUGCUCUGGCACACCUAAAAAGCACCUGGCUUUUUCAAGACCAGUGAAGCUUUUUUUUAUAAAUGAAGGGAAGGUACUGAAGAAGAUGGCCUAGAUGAACUGACAGGCAUGGUCAAUGCAAAUUGUCCACUGGGAUUGCUGUUUGUUCCCGACGUUUAGUACAAUGACAAUUUGUACAAAAGUAUUUGUCUCAAUUUUUUUUCCGAUUGUGAGAUACUUGGCUUGGCUGUGAUGAAGUCGUUUUUGUUCUCUAUGUUUUUGUAAGUUCUUGAAGUGUUUAAGUGUUGCACCAUUUUAACUGUUGAAAAGCCUUAAAAGUCCAAUGAAAAAUUCUGCAUUGAUAUUGCUUGUGUGUUUGAAUCUGAUGACACAGAUUGUGUUUACAUCCAUUUCUACACCUGUUGUCCCAAAUAUUCUGACAUCCAGCAUAAAUGGUCACUUUUUUUUGUAUAUAAGUUUUCAAAUCACAUUAAAGUGAUUGCUUCCUGUGAGCAAGUGGAAUAGUAGGUACAGGUUUAGUUCUUGUGCAGUAAUAUAGUGUGGAUGGUUGGCAGGUGCUCUGGUGUGGUUUGCUCCGCCCCCUGUCAAACAUCUUAUCGUCCCGAUCUCUCCUCCUUUUCUGUGCAUGUUACUUUUUAGUAACACCUAAUCUUUGGCACUUAUUGACCUAUUUGUGUUGCAAGUUCCGAAAAACUCGUGCUGAAACUACAUUGUAAUUCAGUGGUGACUAAUUUGAGAAACUUGUCCUCCUUGUAGCCUCUUUUUAGCCUUAUUUCCUUUCUAGUUCUAGUCUUCAUUAUUUGAUGUUUCUUAAGUACUCUUGAAAUUGUUUGUAGAGAGAAAGAUGUCUUUUUUUGGAAACUGAAUCUGUUGAUCCUUGUAAACAAAUGGCUUGUUAAAUUUGCUGCAGUUUUAUGGAAGUGACUUUUGAUCACAGGCAGAGCAUCGCAUAAGCUUUGUAUAUUUUACUUUGUGCCAGCUUACGUGCUGUUUCUUUUAUUUCAUUUUUUGUCUCCUUUUUUCUUUGUCUUUUUUUUUUUAUACAUUAAAAAAUUUGUCAAGCACACACAUAGUGAACAGGUUUGUACAGGUCCCAAAUUUUUCUUAUAUGUUCCUUGUAUUCAAAACAGAAACAUAGUGCAAACAAUUUGUGUAUAUCGAAAGAAAUUAGCACCGAUGAGGGUAUAUCUAAUUCUACAUGACUGCAAAUUUCUUUUACGGAAUUAGCUAUGAUGGGGGCGGCCACACGGCAUGAUGUUACGUAGGCCAACAAGCUUUUUACAGGACUAAGCUGAAGGAUAUAGUGUUGGCCAAGGAUAUAGUGUUGGCCAAGGAUGUGUUCACUGCACACGUCACAGAAGUGGAAAGUGGUAGGCUGGAUCUAGUCUGCACACUCUAGUUGUGUGUGGGAAGUCUGUGGUCGUGUGAAGGCACAUAUCUAGUAUUGUUGCCAUGUUCAACAGAGAUUAAACAUGAUUCAACAGCUUGCUGGCAUUGGGCAGAGUCGGGUUUAGGUGAAAUUGUAGAAAGUGGACAAUGGCAGAGUGAAAGAAGCAGAAAGGCUUCUCAGUUGAAGAAAAACGGCUGAUGCUAGCAGAGUUGAAUAAAAGAAAAAUCAAUGACAAAAACCCAAAUCUGCAGUUCUUGGUGACUGUGAAGCCAACACACAGGUUGGCAGGGAGGGGGGGUCAAAAUUCAUGUUAGAUUUUGACCCAAAUGUCCCACUUCAUCGCCUUUGAUAUAGCCUGAAAUUCAUACAUAGCGAAAUUAUAUAUAACAAAAAGAUUUCUGCAACCGACAGAUUUCAUUAUGUGUGUGCUAGACUAAUUUUUCUAUUCAAGUUUUGUUCCAUGCAUACGCCUUUGAACACAUGUUGAUGUUGCUUAAUUGUGUGUCUGUUGAUUAGCUUUCUCAUUUUCUCUAAUGUGCUGUAGAAGAGGAAAGACAAGUGUACACAAUGAGUGUAUUCUUACUCCUGAAAUCCAUAUCAUAUUCAUUUUGUGAGAAAAGUCUUGUUGUUUUAAUGGGAUGUUAAGAAAUAUGUUGAACUGAUUCUGUUUAAAAUGCCUCAACUUUUGGUGUGUUUGGUAUUCUUUUGUCUUUGAUUGUUCUUUAUGUUUACUCUGCAUCUAGUUUUGAGUUUGUUCAAAAGUUGUUCUUGCUUCUUUUUCAUGUAUUUUGAAGGACAUGAUUAUCUUUGGAAGAUAUCAUGCCUCAUGAAAUGUAGGUGUGGGUUGGGGAAUUAGAACAAGGUACCGGUACUGUUUGUUUAACAAGUAUCCAGGUUCAAGCAACAUCUUAAGUGUACAAUGUUUCUAGAGGAUUGAAAAUGGGAAAUUCCAGAGGUAUUUCUAGCUGACUGACUUAUUUUGUUGAAAAGACAAGAGUAGUCGGGAUAUAAAUCUCAGCUUGUAGGUGAAAAUUAAAAAAAUCUUUUUUGACUAAUUGCAAGCAGCAUUUAAAUUAACAUGACAUUUCAAAAAGAGUUAUUUUAAUUACAUCCUGGCUUUGUUCUUGUGGGGAAAAAGUAACUGGAAGAAGUUAAGCAGGGCAUACCUAUCCCCGAUGUACAUUUUUCAAAGUAGUGGAAGACGCAUAAAGCUCUAGAUUAGAAUGCAGAUGGCUUGGGGAGGUUUCAGAUUUGUAGUUAUUAUUUUUAAACUAUAAAUGCUGUACAGCAAGCAAACAGUCAUUAGUUUCCGUGUUGACUCCAUUUUCAUAGUUCCAAACGUGACCUUUUUUUUGGACAAUGAAAGUUUGUUGCUUAUUAGUUUAGUAUACACGCACACACGCACACACUUACAUACAUAUAUAUACAUAUAUAUUUAUUAAUUUUACAGUAUAUGUAUGUAUGUGCACGUUUUCUUGAUUUUUUUUUUUCAUUUUUUUUUCUUCAUUCCUUUUUAUCACCCACUUUGGUUUCCACUUUAUCUUUUGGUAUGGUAAAGUGUAAUUUUUUUUUCUAAGGAGUGAGUAAUAUUUGUCUAUGCCUAUAAUACCUCGUCCACCUUUGUGAGAAAGUUGCCCUGUGUAAAAUUCAAGUAUGACUGACAAUUCAUGGGUUAUGAAAGUUGAGUGGCAUUUGUUGAAUUAUUUAUAAUAUAAAGUUGAAGAUGAUAAUAUAUCAAUGGUUUAUAUGUAAAUGGACAAAAAAAAAAUUUAGAAUUAUCUUUUGCAAAGUGUUUCUUUACUUUGCAUCUGUGCCUCUGGAGUUUCUGACUUUUUGUAAUGUUGAAAGAAAUGGGUAUGAGUUGAUAAUUGUCUGUGUGAGAAAGGUAACGGAGAAGGAGAUUGUGUCAACUUUCUUUUUCUCUCAAGUUUGUGCUUUGAAUGUGGUUAGAGUCCACUCUUGUUCAGGGGAAGGGAGGUGUUCGAUAAUUUUGCUUUUGCACGUUUUCCAGAAUAAUAUGGGUGGAAUUUUUAUCCACCUCAGUGAGACUUUUUGAAUAUCUAAGGACUUACAGCAAAUACAAAGGUCAUGUGUGCUUGCAUUACAGAAUUAAUUUCAAGAGAUGCUAUAGCAAUCUGAUAGUGUUUUGACCUCCAUACAAUAAAUCUGUAGUACCCUUGUUUCACACACCUGAGAUCUGUCAUCAAUAUCCCAAGUGCUCCAAACAGGCAAAGGCUGGGCUGUUUUUUUUGGUGUAAAGUGUUUAUUCUGUAAUAGAUUCCUAGGAAACAUUUUGAUGGGAUUCCACAAUUAAUGCUAAUCGUCUUGUCAGAUAGAAGAAUUGAAAUAAUGUUUCAAUAAUUGUGUGUGCUCAUGUUUUUUUAAGCAGGUCUACAAGAGUUCUGGUCACACUCAUAGUUGGUUGUUUUAGUAUUCGUACUGUUGUCAGCUUGUGACUUUCUUUAUUGUGGUUUUAUUUUAUGAUGUUUUAGAAAAGGCAUGCUGCAUGCUUUUGCUCUGUCUGAUGUAAGAGUCAGUUUGUUUUUUUUGGGGGGGUCUUUUUUAAUUUUAGUUGCAAGCUUUGUAAUCUGUUUUGGAUUGUUAAUGGGGGUAUUGUCUUUUGAAAGUUGAAUGGAAGAUGAAUUGAAUAGCCUAUUAUUAUUACUGGUUCAGCAUAUUACUUGAAGACAAGGCUUAGGGCCUGGAUGUAGAGAGCAUGACCUGGGUCCUGUACAUCAGGCACAUGGGGAGAUUGUUUUAAAGGAGACGUGAAGAUAUGGAGUACAACUUGUAUCCACCAUGCCCUGUGACAUUACAUUCCUGCGGAUACGUUAUUGUGAUCCCCUGGACUUGUCUGGUUAAUUUAUGUAAUGCCUGUAAAGGGUGUCUCAGGAGCUCCUACUUGUUGGAGUUUGGUGUUCAGGUUUGAGUUUUCUGGCCAGGCAGCUGGACUUCUUAGCAGAGAAUGGUGGGGGAACUUUCAGGGCAUGUUUGCGUGUCUUAUAUUUUUCCUGCACUACAUAGGCCAUCUGGGUUGUGGGACACCCGUGUUCUGAUGUGUGUGAGCUUUGUCUGCAGUGUAUUGUCCUCAGUCCAGAUAGUCUCAGUUGCGACCAAAGUUCAUAUCCUCAGAUCAGCUUGUAUUGUGGUAGUCUUUGACUUAUCUCCUUUCUGUCAGCUCUCUUCACAAGUAACUAAAAAGUCAGCCCUAGUCAAGCAAAGAAACUGGAAUGAUAGCUUGCACAGAGUGUAGUUUGAGUAAUGGCUUCCUUUUUGUGGGUUGCUGUUGAGUGAGAUUAUACAAGAAUGGUUGAUUUCAAUCCACUUAUAAAAGAUACGUGCCCGCACUGAUUUUCAAUCUCACAUUGACGGUACUGAACUGACUGUUGUUAAUCAAUCCUAGAGGGAAGGUAAAAUGUUAUUUAGUGUGGUUAUUAAAAUUUGAGGGCUUAUUGAAUACUUUUGUUAAGCAUUACAUCAUUUAGCAUUGUUAUAUGUACAGAGAUUGACUGUUUGUAGUAAGUUUUGCAUGGCAUGGUUAUUUGGGCUAACACCCUCCACAAGACAAGUAUUGAGCAAUGUGAGGAAAGGCAGACUGCGGAAAUUAAAUCCAGCUAUUGGUUGAAUGGGUUGUUUUGAAAUGUCUUGUUAGGAGGUCUGAUCUCAUUUAUUGUUUUUGCUAAAGUCAUGUGUGGCUGGAACUUUGUCAAAUGUUUCUCAGGAGUGUAGAGAGUUAUUUAAGAACUUGCCCAAGAGACCUUCAUUUAUGCUAAUAGUCAAUGUGUGUGAUACAUCAGUUCUGAGGUAUCACAGAGCAAGACAGUUGUAUAGAAAAUGCUCUAUACAACAGGCACUCUAUCCGCUUGUAAAAGAUGUUCAUGAAUUUGUUGUACACUUUUAAUUGGUAUGCCUGAGAAUGGUACUGAGGUGUGAAAGGGGCUGAUAGUAAAGGUGACUGCAGAAUUGUGUGGCAGGCAUACCAACAUGAAACUGAUUAGAUAAAAAGGACAUUUUGUCACUGUAGAAACAUCUGCCAUAUCUGUGUAGCAGAUCAAUGAGUUUGAGACUCCUUGGUCAAGGUAGUUGUUGUCCAGAUGGAUAUUGCAUUCAGUGUUGAAGUCUCAGGCUUCAGAAAGUCCCUCAGGUUGUUGUUCUGAUGUGUCAAUGAACUCAUGUGCCAAGGGGGUGGUACUGUGUAGAGGGUUAGUACCAAGCUGAACAUUCCAUAACUAUGUGUGUGGAACUUUGUAACGGAAAAUACUACGCACUCAAAAAAUUCUCUUGCUUUAUCAAAACAGAUUCUGAUCUCCCCAAGUUUCUUGUAGCAGAGAUCGAUCUAUUCCCGUAUGUCUUGUUUGUUCUCUGAAUCUGAAAGUUCAUUUUAAUUUGAGUGUAUUUAAUAUUGUACUUGACUUGUUUGUUGAUCUGAAAUUAAUGAGACAUAAAGUAUUCUUGAAACUAAA